GGACUAACAAGGACAAGCCUCCCGAAAAGGGAAAGGUAGACAGCUUUUUUCAGUGCGCAUGAAGUGUAACCGAAACUCUUUUUGGCCGCCUGAUUUUUUUUUGAGGGCGUGGUCUUGAAGUAGAAUUGUUGAAGCAGCAACAUGGAGCUUUGAUCGCAGCGGCUUUGGAACGAAAAAGACGCACUCAGAAAGCGCAUGGGUUUUGUCCGGUUCUAGCUGUUUGUCCGCUUCAAGACUCGAAAAGAAUCGAUUCGUUCAUCUUUGGUCGAUGCUAUUUGCGCAGCGCUGACGCUAGAAAUUUUGAGACGGAACGGAAGUCCUCGAAAGUCAAAUCGGAGGCGACUAAGGUCAUCAACUGAUGGACAAUGCCGAUUAUCAAGGAAGAAAAACUAACGGUGUUCAAUCCGGCGAAUUUUAACCAAUUUAAGCAGGAAGUGGCCGAAGGUACUACCUCUAAUCAGCGCUUCGUUUAAGUACGACAAAGAGCUUUAUUUCCAUUUUAUCGUGCUGCACUCUCUCUGAACUUGAAUUUCCUAUACGGAAGUUUAAACUCAACCAUUCAAAGGUGUUUACGAGGACUGGAAGCGUGACACAGUUGAUAGUGCGAAAAAGAGGGCGAUACAUCAGGCGCCAACAUAUCAUGCCUUCGAACAACUUGUUGCCGGUUGUACCUUGAAGCCCAUUAAUAAACGCGAUUUUCAUGCGCCUCCAAAAACAUUGGACCACAACAAGUAUAGCAAAGCCAGUCGAGUGGGCGAUGGUAUGAUCCAGUUACCUUUUCAUUCUAUUAUAUAUCUACUGGACUUGUUAUCGAAAUCGAAUUGAAUUUUUUGUCUCCACUGGAAAAUUACCAGAUGUAAAGAGGAUUCGCAUUUCUCUACGCACGACAUAAACAUGCUCGUAAAUGCAUUAAUAACAAGGUAGCAUCGGCGGAGGCGCUGCGCCUGAGCCAACCCCACUUCGAUCGACACGAGGUGGCAGCAGCAAAGCGCCAAAGGCGACUUCGCGGUCAGAAUUCUCGACAGCUUGGCACCGAGCCGGGAAAUCAGCAGAGGCGAAAUUGCAGCUGCUAUUAAGGUUUCAAUAGAUCCAACUUCAGUUGUGCGAUGUAGCUUUGCGAGUACUAGAGGCCUGUUGCAUAGUAUCUCAAAUUUUAGUAAACGCGGACAUACUUGCGUACUCUUGCUAGCGUGAUGACCACCACACUAUAAUCUCAUGUAAGUACUCGAUCAGAAACGAUUGUUGAACAUUGUGUAAGGGUGGGCAAAGUCUAAUACUCCGGAAGUUGGGAGAAGAGGAUGCGAAUUACUUGGUUUUGCAUCAGUUGGAUCCAGAUAUGUUUGAGGAACUAGUGGGAGUAUUACAUUCUGCGGUCCUCAAUUCCGGCGAUUCCUCUGACGAUUCUGGUACCGCGUGUUCGUCGGAGAGGACUGUAUUACCAGAAGGACACUGGGCGUGCACUAUACAGGAUGAAAAAAGCUCCACAUCAAAGGACAAGAAUCAUGCCGAAGAUGAAAGUAAGAAGAAGAACGCUCAGGCUGAAUUUAGGGAGAGAAAUGGUGCUAUAGAGGUGGGGGCAUUGUCAAAGCGUGACUUUGGAGCACACUUGAUACAAACCUUGAAAUAUCUGAGUAAGACGCACAUAGAUUUCUGCAUUCGCUUUUUGCCAGACGAUAGUCUAGCAGAGUGGCGCAAAACGUUUCCAGAACUGUGAUUAGGACUGUGAAGUUCUUCUAGAUUCAAGCAACUGUGACGCACCGAAAUUUCAUCUUGAUGUUAUCAAGAUGGCAGCAUGAUGACAGGAAAAGAAAGGUGAUCCAAUUGGGAGUCACGUCUGACUGGAUGUGCAGGUUGAAGACGCCACGUGAAGAUGAUCUCCUGUUCGCAGGACUUCGUGAGAGAAAGCGAU